UUUUGUAUUUGUUUAGUAAGUGCUAAUUAUUUUGUAUUUUAUUGCCUGUGAAUUUAACCACCACAUACAGUAUGUUUGUAUGAGGGACUUUUAUUGUGAAACUAGGUGAACUCAGGUUAACGGUAAAAAACAGAUUAGUUUGGCGGCAGAGCAGCAGCUGAAAGGAGCAAAUAAAGCAGCUUUUAUAUGGUUUUAGCCCCCCUUUAAGAGGCACAAGGUGUGUAAGUUAUGUUUUAUUGUUAAUUAGUAUGUUUAUAUUAUCUAUAAGUAAAGUUUGAUAAAUGCGUCUGUCGGAAGGAUCCGCACAUUAGCGCGAAUGCUAAAGCUAACAUUGCCCAACGUAUGUAUGUAAUGCAAGAGGGUAGUUUUGUAUGUUUGCAAGGGUAUGUAACGAAUUGUUAUGUUAGUUUAUGUGCUUAUGUACAUGUUUAUAUGGAAAGGUUGUUCUAGAAGAAUGUGUCAUAAUUGUUUGUAUGUUUUAUUUCUUUCAGCUCUUACGGUGGUUUAUUUUGUAUUAAUGCUCAGAAGGUUUAACGUAAGCUGUCAAGGAGAAGCAAUAAAUGCAAUUUAUACCAUCAGUCAAGUCUCAAGCCAUCAUUUAAAGGGGGAUGCUACAGUAAGAGCUUUGGCUUUCACCGAAUUACUGUGCUGCAAAAUAAAACGGCUUGUACGGAUAAAUACACGGACAGCACAGAGUCGGUGUGGUGGUCAAGAAAGUUUUAAGGCACACUGCUACAUUAAGACCUGAAACAUGUCCACGUCCACAUCAAACACAAAGGACAACGAAGAGCAGAUUAUUACUCUUCAAAGAGAGAUUGAAGAAGGCAGAGACAUUCUCCAAAGAGAAACUACAGAGGGCGCAGUAAGACGUGAAAUAAAGGAAAGCAUACAGACUAAAGAAAAAAUUCUAACUGAACUAAAAGGUAACGUUCAAAACACUAAAGAGCUGCCCAGAAGAUCUGAACGCCCACGAGUUCUUACAGAAAAAAUGCAAACUUAUCAAAAGGAGGAAUUUCAUAAAAAAGAGAAAAGACUUUUAAGUUUGUAUGAACAAUGGAAAGUACAAGCCCGAAAGGCAAGGCAAGAAUUGAAAUUAGAUAUUUCAGAAAGGCAUUUGACAUCGCUAAUAGACAGUCUCGAAGGGGCAAAGGGUGACAUUAACAAACUUUAUGACGAAUUAAGAGAAUACAUUCCACCUGCUGCUGAGGUAAGGCGUAAGGUUGAUGCCUGUGAUGCCGUGACUAAAGACAUUAUCAAAAUAAUUUAUGAGAGAUUAACUGGUGUAAAUGGAGAAUUUGAUGCUGAAAUCGAAAGGCAACGUCUGCGUGAGCUACUUGUUCCUGACUACGCUUGUUCCAUAUAUGGUUCAACAGCUUCACAGUCAAGCAUCAGUCAUCACUCCGAUUCCUCUUGCAUUGCAGCCAAACGAGCAGAUGCAGCUGCAGAAUUAGCAGCAAAAGAGGCUGAAUACAAGGUCUUACAGGAGGAAAGGAAAGUUAAGGAACGGAUAAGAACCAUGGAGGAACAACAGAAAAAGGAAUUAGAAAUUCACAAGUCCGAAUUAGAAUGCUUGCAAGCUGAAAAGAGCGUCAAGGCUGCUCACGCCAGACUAGAAGCUUAUGACAGAGAAGUGAAACAAGAAAAUGACAUUUAUUCAGUUCACAGGGAUCCUGCAAGUCAAAGUCAUGUGUCUCACUCUGCCAAUCAGCAGUCUAAUGAAGUCCGAUCAACUUCAACAAACGACAUAUCUUUCUUAGCCCAAGCUGUUCAAGACAGCAUAGCCAUGAACAGACUGCCAGUUCCAGAACCAACAGUGUUUAAUGGCAAUCCACUUCACUUCAUUGAAUGGAAAGCUUCAUUUAUGUCACUAAUAGAUAGAAAGAACAUCCCUGCAUCGGACAAACUGCACUUUCUUAAGAGAUAUGUCAGUGGUUCGGCCCAAAAAUAUCUUGAGGGCACCUUCUAUCGUAAGGACGAGGAAGCUUAUAAUGAUGCGUGGAAGAAGUUAAAUCGGCGAUAUGGCCAGCCAUUUAUAAUUCAAAGAGCCAAAAGAGAGAAGCUGUCAGAUUGGCCAAAAUUACAGUCCAAGGAUGCUGAAGGAUUAAGAGAUUUCUCUGAUUUCUUGAAUGCAUGUCUGCAGGCAAUGCCUCAUGUGAAGGGUUUGGACAUUCUAAAUGAUUGCGAAGAAAAUCAAAAGUUGACACUAAAAUUACCAGACUGGCUAGCUACUCGAUGGAACCGUCAGGUCACAAUAGCCCUCACAGAAGGAAAGGAAUUUCCCUGUUUCCAGGAUUUUGUUCAGUUCAUGACACUAGAAGCAGAAAUUGCCUGCAAUCCAAUCACUUCCACUUUUGCACUACGUUCAUCUGAGUCUUACAAUGAUCAAAGGAACACAAAGAUUAAAAGGAAUAAGGCCAGUGUCUUGAACACUCAAACUCUUGAAGACAGUAAUGAUCACCCAGCAAAUCAAGAAAGAAAGAAAACUCAGUGUAUGCUGUGUCACGAUACCGGUCAUUAUCUGCAUAAGUGCCCAGAGUUUAUGUCCAAGUCUCUAGAAAGCAGAAGGGCUUAUGUUAAAGACAACAGGCUGUGCUAUGGUUGUUUAAGGCUGGGCCAUGGUGCCAAGGAAUGUCGGCGUCGACACACCUGUGAGUUGUGUAAAGGUAGACACCCUACUUGUCUCCAUGACGACAACUAUAAGAAAACCACUAAGGGACCCUGGCAAAGCAAGGAUUCGCGACCAAAGCAUGAAACUGAGCCUACGGCUGUUAUGUCACUCAAUGUCCAUAGUAAAGGUCAAGAAGUUAGUACCUCAAUGAUAGUGCCGGUAUGGGUGUCUUAUAAAAGGAAUCCAUCUAAAGAAAAGCUUGUUUAUGCGCUUUUGGAUACGCAGAGUGACACCACCUUUAUUGAUGAAGAUGUAAGCAAGGAAUUACAGGUGGCUACACAGCCAGUAAAACUAAAACUUACUACAAUGAUGGGAGAAAAUAGAAUCAUGAAAAGUGAAAGAGUUUCGGACCUUUGUGUAAGAGGCUAUGACUCCACUAUACAUAUUGACCUCCCUUCUACCUACACAAAGGACUGUAUACCUGCAAAUCGAGAGCACAUACCAACUCGUGAGACGGCAAAACAUUGGGAACACCUCACAACCAUCGCAGAUAGUUUACCUCCUCUUCUUGACUGUGAGGUCGGUCUCCUAAUUGGAUACAACUGCCCCCGAACUCUAGUCCCAAGGAGGGUCAUAUCUGGUAAAGAUAAUGAGCCAUAUGCAAUUCUUACAGAUUUGGGGUGGAGUAUUGUAGGCUGCUCAACACUGCAAGCUGGUACAUUUAUGGCAACUGGUCAUUGUCAUCGAGUAACUGUUAAAGAGCUCCCUGCAAUGACACCAGUCGAUGCAAUCAAAAUUCUCGAGUCUGAUUUUAAGGACACCCAUGGAGAUGGCAAAACUGUCUCUCAAGAGGAUCUAAUUUUUCUGGACAUACUGAGGAAAGGCAUAAGGAAAAAUGAACAAGGACAUUAUGAAAUGCCCCUGCCAUUUAAGGAACGACCAUGUCUGCCUGACAACCGGCAGCUUGCUAUAAUAAGACUCAAUCACCUAAAAAGGAAAUUCUCUGUAAAUGAGAAGUACAAGGAUAAUUACAUUAUCUAUAUGAAGGAUCUCAUUGAAAGAGGUGAUGUAGAGGAAGUACAUGAAGAAGGUGCUGGUGGUGAAAAAUGGUACAUUCCUCAUCAUGGAGUAUAUCACUCAAAAAAGCCGGACAAGUUGCGAGUUGUAUUUGACUGCUCUGCAAGACACAAAGGUAACAGCCUCAAUGAACACCUACUGUCAGGUCCGGAUAUGAUAAACAAUCUAACAGGUGUUCUCAUUCGCUUUCGCCAGCAUCACAUUGCUUUGAUGUGUGACACUGAGAAAAUGUUCCAUCAAUUUCAUGUCCCAAUUAAAGACCGUGAUUAUCUACGUUUCUUGUGGUGGACAAAUGGAGACACUAACACACAACCCCGAGACUACCGAAUGAAAGUCCAUCUAUUUGGUGCAGUGUCUUCUCCAGGUUGUGCGAACUAUGGGCUAAAACAGCUGGCAAAAGAUAACAGUCAUUUAUAUCCAAUGGGUGCACAAUUCAUUGCAAGAGACUUUUAUGUGGACGAUGGAGUAACAAGUGUAGAGUCAGCAGAAAGGGCUAUUGAGCUGGCACUAGAAGCACGUGAACUAUGUGCAAAUGGUGGUCUCCGUCUUCACAAAUUCGUAUCAAAUAGUAAUGUGGUCCUACAGAGUAUUCCUCCAUCAGAACGUGCAACAGACACUAAAACGAAAAACCUCACAUUGAAUGAUAUGUCUCUUGAGAGAGCACUUGGAAUUCACUGGGACAUUGAAAGUGACAGUUUCACAUUCAAAAUUACAGCAAAGGACCAACCAGCAACACGUCGGGGCAUACUGUCCACUGUUGCCUCCAUCUACGAUCCCCUGGGUAUUGUCGCUCCAUAUCUCCUUAAUGGCAAAGGGAUCCUGCAGGAGAUGUGCCAUCAAGGUACUGGUUGGGAUGAUCUACUACCUGAAAGACUAAGGCCACGGUGGGAGAGAUGGCUAGAUGAUCUCACAAACUUAGAAAGAAUUAGUAUAGCCCGAUGUUAUGUACCAACUAACUUUGGGAAGGUGAAUAAAAGGGAACUACACCACUUUUCAGAUGCUAGCAAUAAGGGAUAUGGUCAAUGCUCCUACCUGAGGUUGAAAAAUGAAAAGGGAGAAGUUCAUUGUGCUCUUAUCAUGGGCAAGGCCCGUGUUUCUCCUUUGAAGGUAGUUACCAUACCCAGACUGGAACUGACAGCAGCAGUAGUCUCAGUCACAGUUAGCAACAUGCUCAAAGAAGAGCUAAGCUACACCAACGUGGAAGAGUUCUUUUGGACGGAUUCCAAAGUUGUAUUAGGGUAUAUAAACAACGAUGCUCGACGCUUCCACACCUUUGUAGCAAAUAGAGUACAGAAAAUACGCCACUGUUCGAAUCCUCAACAGUGGGCCUAUAUAUCAACUGAUGAGAAUCCCGCCGAUAAUGCCUCCAGAGGAAGAACGAUAGAUGAGCUACUUUCAUCUAAUUGGUUUACGGGCCCCAAGUUUUUAUGGGAAAAGGAAAUUAAACCUUCAACAGAAUUGAUCCAUGAUCUUCCAAUAGGAGAUCCGGAAGUCAAAAGGUCCCAUGUACUUCAGACAAGGACCAAAGAACAAGUGACCCUUGCAGACAGGCUGUCUAAGUUUUCCUCAUGGUCACGAGCCAUCAAAGCAGUAGCACGUCUUUUACGUCGUGUAAAGAAAGACAAAUCAAAUACACUCUCCACGGUAAAAGAAAGGCAAAGCGCAGAGCUUCUUUUCAUCAAAGAUCUACAAAAGCAAGCUUAUGAAAAUGAAAUAAAGCUGUUGAGCAAGGGAAGUCAAUUGCCAAUUCACAACAAACUGUACAGUCUUGAUGUCUUUCUGGAUAAAGAUGGUGUACUCAAGGUGGGAGGAAGACUUGGUCAUUCAUCCUCCUCAAGUUCAUUCAAACACCCAAAGGUCAUCCCUAAAGGUCAUCACAUAACCAGUUUGAUAAUUGCUCAUUACCAUGAGAAGGUAAAACACCAGGGCAAAGGCUUCACUAUCAAUGAAAUCAGAUCCAAUGGCUAUUGGAUUACUGGACUAAACAGAGCAGUUGCAUCUCACAUUCAUCAGUGUGUUACAUGUCGAAAGCUCAGAAGACCAGUUGAAGGUCAAAGAAUGAGUGACCUACCUACAGAACGGGUAGAACCCUCACCACCGUUCACUUUUUGCGGGAUGGACUGUUUUGGUCCAUUUCUGACUAAACAGGGCAGAAAGCAACACAAAAGCUCUUACGGUGGUUUAUUUUGUAUUAAUGCUCAGAAGGUUUAACGUAAGCUGUCAAGGAGAAGCAAUAAAUGCAAUUUAUACCAUCA